AAAAGUUUGAUUGGGAUGUGUAUCAGAUUGGACUUUAAAUAAAGUAUUUGUGAAGUUCUUUUGUGAUAGUCUUUAUUCUUUUGGGUGGAAGACAAUUUCAAGUACUUGUCAAUAUUCUGCCAAGGAAGAACAAUUUGGAUUCAGUUUCAUGCGUGCUUUUGGAGAUUCUUUAUGAGGGUUGAAAAUUUGAGCUAAGAGAGAACACAAUUGACAUUGAAUUGGAAGAGAGUGGUCUACAAGGAUGGGAAGGUUAUGCUUUUCAAAAUGUAGACCAAGUAGGGUAAUGGGUUGGCUUCAGAUUGUAUUUGGAGGCCUUGUUAUAAUUGUUAGCAUGUCCAGCCUCUUUAGGUUCUACAAUGCUGGGUUUUUCUUGCACAAUGAAGAAAUCUGUAGACAUUUUUAUGGUGUGAAGAAUGUAUAUGAGGGGUUUGACAUAAUAGCAUUGCAAGAUCGAGUUGGGGAAGUGCUAAAUAGAUUGGAAAAUUUACAAGAUAAGCUCGAGUUGACAGUGCAAAAAUUGGAAAAGAACAAAGAGAUCUUGGAUAAAACUAACAUCACAAAAUUGGAGUACAAGAAAUAUCUUGAGGAAGAGGUAAUUAGGCCUCUUUAUAGUGCUCAUAUUGCUCUUAGACAGGUUAGGCUACCUCGUUUGGAAGGAAUUCGAAACUCGACGAUGAAGGAGGAACCUUUGAUCAAUACCUUCGUGAUCGAAGAGAUUCGAAAGUAUAUAACCCCAAAAGAGAACAGGGUUGGGAAGGUCAACAUAUAUGGAACAGAGAGGAUAUACAACACAAUUGGACAUGCUUGUGUUUUGUAUAAGAAAGAAUUGGAAGAGUACAUGGACUAUGACAUUGGUUCUUAUUGUGAAGAUGAUUGGAACGUGGCUCAGAAGCUGAUGCUUAGUGGCUGCGAUCCUUUGCCUCGAAGACGGUGCUUGACAAGGGCAUCAAAGGUCUAUCAGAAACCAUACCCCAUCAAUGAGUCUCUAUGGAAGUUGCCAGAUGAUAGAAAUGUGAGGUGGGGAAAUUAUCAAUGCAGAAACUUUCAGUGCUUAUCGAGCAAAAACCCCAAGAGGGGCUAUUCCAAAUGCUCUGGUUGUUUUGAAAUGGAGAAGGAAAAGCUUAAAUGGGUUACUAAUAGCUCACUUCCUAUAGAUUUCCUGAUCAGCGACUUUUUAAAAAUCAAGCCAGGGGAGAUUCGAAUCGGGUUGGAUUGUGGAAUAGGUACAGGGACAUUUGCAGCAAGGAUGAGAGAAUUGAAUGUAACAAUUAUCUCAACUGCUUUAAACCUUGGAGCUCCAUUCAAUGAGAUGAUUGCACUUAGAGGUUUGGUUCCUUUAUAUGUGGCAUUGAACCAACGCUUACCUUUCUUUGAUAACACAAUGGACUUGAUUCACACCGCUGGGUUCUUGGAUGGCUGGAUUGACUUGCAGUUGCUGGAUUUCAUUUUGUUUGAUUGGGAUAGAAUUCUGAGGCCAGGUGGGUUCUUGUGGAUUGACAGGUUCUUCUGUAAUAGAAAAGAUUUGGACGAUUUCAUGUACAUGUUUCUGCAAUUCAGAUACAAGAAACAUAAAUGGGUUACUUCUCCAAAGUCCAAGGAUGAGGUUUACUUUUCUGCAUUGUUGGAGAAACCUCCAAGAGCUAUAUAAUCAGAUUAUGAUACUCAUUUCCUUUGAAGCUACUUAUCUCAUAGAUAUCAGACAGAAAAGUGUUUAGAAGAACUAAAUCAUAAUUGUGGUUUAUAAUCAUUUUGUAACCAUUUUUUUU